AUGGACGACGGACUGUUCCGCGAGUUGUUCAUCCAGCGGCUGCCAGAGAAAGCCCGCCUGAUCCUCGCGUCAAGCUCAGAGGCACUGCCCCUGGAGGAUCUGGCCACCAUGGCCGACCGGAUUUUGGCAGUUUCGCCCGAAGCGAACGCAAUCAUGGCUCUUCGUCCCGCGGCAGCAAGUAUGCCGGACAGUACUGUGGCACGCCUGGAGCGGCAAAUUGCUGAACUGACUGCAGCAGUGUCCGCCCUUGCUGAGCCUCGUUUCCGUGGUCGUUCUACAAGUAGGAGCAGCACACCUUCGCACUCCCGGUCCAGCACACCAACACGUGACGUGUGCUUUUAUCACCACCGAUUCGGCGAUCGUGCUCGCCAUUGCCGGAGCCCCUGCUCUUUCAAGCGGCAGGAAAACGCGCAGGCCAGCAAGUAG